UCGGCCCGCGGCGCAGGCAGCUCUUCUGCGCAGGCGCGGUCUUUCCUUUCAGCUGCCGCGCAGGCGCGGUCCUCCUCCGACCGGGACCGAGCCGGGCUGCGCAGGCGCCGCGGCGGCCAGUCGUGGGCGGCGAGUCUCCAUGGCAGGCGGCGGCGGGUGGCUUCGGGGCCCGGCGGGGGCCUCGGCCUGGGCGGCGCUGCUGGCGCUGCUGCUGCUGGCGGGCCGCGGGGCCCAGGCGCUCUACUUCCACAUCGGGGAGACCGAGAAGCGCUGCUUCAUCGAGGAGAUCCCCGACGAGACCAUGGUCAUCGGGAAUUACCGGACGCAGCUCUGGGACAAGCAGUCCGAGCACUACCUGCCCUCCACGCCGGGCCUCGGCAUGUUUGUGGAGAUCAAAGACCCCGACGGGAAGGUGGUUCUCUCCAGACAGUAUGGCUCCGAGGGCCGGUUCACCUUCACUUCCCACACCCCAGGGGAGCACCAGAUUUGCCUCCACUCCAACUCCACUCGCAUGGCACUCUUUGCAGGCGGGAAAUUGCGGGUGCACCUAGAUAUCCAAGUUGGGGAGCACACCAAUAACUACCCUGAGAUUGCUGCCAAGGACAAGCUGACAGAGCUGCAGUUGAGAGCCAGGCAGCUGUUGGACCAGGUGGAGCAGAUCCAGAAGGAGCAGAACUACCAAAGAUACCGAGAGGAGAGAUUCCGCAUGACCAGCGAGAGCACCAACCAGCGGGUGCUGUGGUGGUCCAUUGCGCAGACCAUCAUCCUCAUCCUCACCGGCAUCUGGCAAAUGAGACAUCUCAAGAGCUUCUUUGAAGCCAAAAAACUGGUAUAAUCCCUUUGACAACACAGGCACUCUUUCUCAAAAGCCUCAACAUCCCGUCUUGAACUUCCAUGGAAUAUGUCUCAACCCUUCUGGAUUCCUAGAGCACUGAGCUGAGAUGGAAAGACAAGGGAGAGCCCUUGAGAACGCCGCCUCCUCCUGUGGAAGUCUCCUGCCUGCCAGUCCCCUCUUCGCUGCUUUAGAUUAGCUGGGGGUGGGGGUGGGCUUUGGUAGGAAGGGGUUCAGUGCUUGCCGGGCAUCCCAGGGCAUUGAUGUGUCUUUUUAGGAGACUUGGAAGAAGGCUGUGUGUGUUCUCAGUCCUGAUGGUUGGGGUGGGGGGAGGGUUAGCAGGCGCUCUUCUUUCCUGUAGCUCCUUUCUGUGAGGCCCAGUUCAUUGGUGUUCAAGGCCUGCUCUUAACAGAAAGUGUUGGGGGCAGCCCUUAGACUGCAGAGUUGCCUGAAGGGGAAAUGGGGAAAAAAUUCUAUAGCAGAACUCUUGAUAAAUGCCUAUACCAGUGGUCUAAAGCAGUGCUUGGUCUUCGAACUCUGCUCCUGACUGUCUGGUGUCCUUGCCUGCCGUGACUGCACCCCCACCACCCCUGUUCUGCAGGCAUAGCCUCUAGUGCUCCUCUCCAGCCCAUAGAAGACCUUUGUCCUGGGCAGACAGGCGGGGAGAGCGGAGUCUGCUUCCUGCUCGGAUCAAGUACCGCCCUUCUAGGCAGCCAGGGUUCCUGAUAAUAUCAGAGGUGUGAGCUGUUCCCUUUGAGGGUUGUGGGGAGAGGAGGCAUCUCCUAUAGCUUUUGACUGCCUCAGCAUUGCUAGAGAAAUGGGGUGCCUCCUGUUGGGCUUGUAGAAACCCCAAGCAGGUGAUAGUGUGAAGCAUUCCCCUUGGUGCUUCCUGCCAGCCCUCCCAGAGUUUGGAAACCCAGGGCUGGCUUCUGGUUGGAUGCUUUUGGGUGUGGGCAGAAUUAGAGCUCUGAGAUGCUGAACACCUGGAGGGCUGUGGAAAGCGUCCUCCUCCUGUCUCUGCCCACCCCACCCCCCAUGGUACAGAGGAAGGCGUAACUGCCUUCUGUUUGGAAAUGCUUCCUGUGGCUGCUGCUCCUCUCCCUUCCCUGCCUGGUAGUGCAAGGCCUUAAUACAGUUGUUCCUCCAAGUUUUGGAGUGAAAUAAAGCUUUUCUGUGAUA